AUGACGAGUACAAAAGUGAAAUCUGAAGAAAAAGAUGAUGAUGUUACUGAAGAAGAAGUCGGUGCUUUUCAUCACACAAUAGAACAAAUUUCACCAGCAACAAGAGAAAAACGUAAACGAAAUGAAGAAAUUCCAACCGAAUCGCCAAACAAAUACAAGCAUAUCGCAGAUGGUCAUCGUUCGCUUUCAACAACAGCUAAAAUGAAUUUUUUAACUGUUCCAUUUUGGAAAGACUUAAAUACAAGAGGAACCUCGGUAGAAUUUCAUCUGAAAGAAGUUGGACGUUUUUCAUCACUAAUGGAAGGUAAAAAACAAGAACGUUUUGAAGAUAAACGUUAUUGUCGUGUUUAUAAAUAUCCGCUUGAAACACGCAAUGUUAAUUUGGAUUUAAAAGUAGGUCUAUCAGAUUUUGUUUAUGAGGGACAAAGUAAAAAUCUGGAUUCUAUGCUUUGGUGGAUGUCAAAACAUAAAGAAGAGAUUUUCCAAAACAAUCAAUUUACAUUUGAUUUUCUUUCUUGGCGUGGUGCUCUUCGUUCGAUUAUGUUUUCUUUACAUGAAAAACGUUCCGAUUGGUUAUUAGCUGUAAUUAAAUAUAAAAACGCAUAUUUUUUAUGUGAAUAUGUAACAGAUAUACAAUUAAAAGAAGAACAAAAUAUGACAUCUAAAGCUCGUUCAUUUUGUUAUUAUGGUCUGAAAUUCGAAGAAUGCGUCACUAAAAAUGACACAACAACAGAAACAUUAAAUUCAUUAAAAAAAUUUAUUGGAGUAUUUCAAUCGACAAUCGAUUCUUAUCGUUUACUGUAUGGUGCUGAAAUAGAUUGCGCAACAGAAAACUCAUCAUCAACAACUGAACAUAUUGAACUAAAAGUUUGUGCUGGAAAGUCACUCUAUGAUUUGCCAUUUCAUUACAAUCAUAAAUAUGCUAGAUGGUGGAUUCAGUCUUUUCUCGCGCGUAUUCAAACAAUGAUUAUUGGUUUUCGAGAUGAUAAUGGAAUUGUUAACAAAGUUUCACCAUUGAAUAUCUCACAAAUCGAAAAAGCGACAAGUACAUGGAGUCGCCAAGCAUUUUUCAAUUUCUUUACACGUUUUGCUAAUUUUCUUAAAGAUAAUGUGACAAAUGAAUAUUCAGUUGAUCAAAAAGAAGUUGUCUUAGUUUCUUUUUCAACAUAUGCUCGCCGAAUCACACUGGAAAAAUCCUCGGAUCCAAAAUAUCACUUUAUUCCUGAUCAAUUUUUCCAUGAAUUCAAUUAA